AGCCGGCGUGAUGGGCCGAGCUUUCGGAUAGCGGUUUUGGUUGAAGGAAAGGGAACUACAGAGUGGCGUGAGCUUCUCGAAAAACAAAUUACAGAGUGGCGCGAGAGUUGGGACUUGGGAGAGGCCAGAGCGGAAGGAGACAAGGGAGCGAAGGCAGAGGCGCUGGGUCCCGCUUCCCGCCGCUCCAGAUAUAAAGAGACACCGAUCCCCACUUCCCCGAAAUCCCCCAAAACAAUCCAAAUCGCCGAAUCUGCCUCGGAGUGAUGAGUUCCUCCGGCAAGGGCGAAGAUGGCGAAGCCUCCGUCGUGGUCUCCGGCAAGGGCAAGAUGAUCAAGCGGCGGUCAUGCGCGGUGGAGUAUCCUAUCCCUUGCGUGAGGCGGCUUCGUGAGCGGCGCCUCAUCGCCUACCUCUGUGAACAAGGCUUCUACAACACCUUCAAAUCGCUAAUCCACGAGACGGCGGUGUACUUCAGCGUGCUGCACAUGCGGCGGCUGGUGAAGGAGGGCCUGUGGGAGGACGCCCUCAUGUACCUCAACAGCUGCCUGCCGGCGCACAACCGUCCCAGAAGCCUCCGCGCCCGCAUCUUCCACAACUUCCUCUUGAUGCACUACCGCUUCGCCAAUGUCGUCGCGGGCAACAAGGACAAGCACCUGGACAUGAACUACGGCAGCCAUGCCAGAAGCUCCAGCCACGCCGACCUCAGGCUCCGCUCCAUUAUCUACUCCAUACUCGCCUCGGACCAAAUCAGGGCCUCACUGGACUGGGAACAAGUGAGGGAACACGCAUCGUUCCUUAUCUUAAGGCUGGUUCGCUUGACUCCAGAGCUUAGAUACUCAACGUCAUUGCCACCUGGCCGCAUGAUGUCGCACGAUGUGCUCCCCAUCGGGUCCGGUUUGUGCCGGGGGAGGCGUCACGUGAAGAAACAAGGGCCCCAGCCGCGAAAAACAGUAGCUAUUCUCUGUGCCUUGAGGAGCAAGGGUUAUUUGAACCAACCUAGGGAUGCAGGAGUUGGAUCGCUUGACGAAUCAAAGGAAAUUCUGGCGGAUUUCCUUGAUGAAAGUUUACAGGCAGGUGUGCGUAGAGGGUGCCGUCUAAGCUAUUCACUUCAACCAACUGGGAAUGAAGGUGCUCCAUCCUCGCAGACAAUGCUUGGUAUGUUGACAAAAAAAUGCUAAAGACUCUGCCACCUCAUCAGUGAAAAUUUCAGGCGAUCCAAUUUCACAGGCCAUGGUUGGUUCUUUUACAGAUCCUGCAAAGCACUCUGAGAUCUUCUCAGUUAAAAGUGCAGGUUCUCCAGUCUGCAAGACCAUCUCUUGUAUCUGGACAGACCAUGCUAAAAACCCUGGGUUCUCAUCACCGACAAAUGCAGGCACAAAUGAACAUUUGAAAGAAGUAGGUUCUACCAAGAAUCCAAGGGAUGGACUGACAACUGUUGAGGAAGAUUUUUAUGCAAAAAAGCAAAGGACGACUGGGGCAUUUGGUGAAGCAAGUUCGGUGCCGGCGUUUGGAAACCAGAAGUCCACUGGCACUGUGGUGAAGAACUUCAGCCCCAAGCUGAGCCGUGUCUGUUCUGUCUGAACUGUGUAGAGAUCGUUCGAAGGGCUGCCGGCCGUUUUCUGCUGCCGCUAUGCUACAGGAUGCUUGCGACCUGAUCAUGUCACCUACUUGAUGUUUCCAAGACCUUUGUGUUAAUCAUGCAACCCUAGCUGUAUCUGAGUGCAAUAUAAGGCACGCUAUGAGUGAACUUGCUAGAACUAUCAUUGAUGCUUGUGGAUUAGACUUAUGCCAUGCGUUUUAAUGGAACACCUGCGGGUUUUGAUCCUUUGA